GCUGGCUGUCCUGGGCCAGCGGCUGGGGGGCCUGGGAUGAGCGGGCAGCCGCCCUGCAGAGGCGGUGCCCCUGGAGGAGGGGAGAGCGAGGCGCCUCCUGGGCCUGGGGUGACCCUGCUCCGCAUCACACCCUGGGCACGCAUUCCCAGGACAUUCGAACUGAGCUCAUUGCCCCCCCCAGGGCCCUGCCUUCUCAGAUUCCCAGGGACAACAGGGACAGAGGUGCACAGAGAGGACAGACUUGGUCCUCUCUAUGCCCAGCAUGGUGGUUGCUGAGCUGGGACCCCAGCCCAGCAGUCUUCCCGCCCACAGGACCCCAUGCCCUGCUCACGGCUUAGCCAACAGGGGUCAGUCCUGGAGGUGCCUGUGGUUCUGAGUAUUAGAUCCUUCUCCGUGAGAGGCAAGACCUGGACGGGAUGACGACACGCACCCGCGUUCCUACUCGUGCGGAUUUCAGGACUGCCUGCUGAUGCUGGCCUACAAGGACAAGUCGGAGCGCGCCAAGGGGCUUCGGGAGCGUAGCAGCCUGACGCUGGAGGACAUCUGCGGGCUGGAGCCCGGCCUGCCCUACGAGGGCCUGGCCCACACGCUGGCCAUCGUCUGUCUGUCUCAGGCCGUCAUGCUGGGCUUCGACAGCCGCGAGGCCAUGUGCGCCUGGGACGCCCGGAUCCGCUACGCGCUGGGCGAGGUGCACAGGUUCCCCGUGAUCGUGGCUCCGGGCACCAAGCUGGAGAGCGGCCCCGCCACCCUGCACCUCUGCAACGACAUCCUUGUGGUGGCCAGGGACGUCCCCCCAGCCGUGGCGGGGCAGUGGAAGCUGUCAGACCUCCGGCGCUACGGGGCCGUGCCCAACGGGUUCAUCUUUGAAGGCGGGACCAGGUGUGGAUUCUGGGCCGGGGUCUUCUUCCUGUCUUCCACCGAGGGAGACCAGAUCAGCUUCCUGUUCGACUGCAUCGUCCGAGGCAUCUCCCCCACCAAGGGCCCCUUCGGGUUGCGGCCGGUUCUCCCAGACCCGAGCCCUGGGGGCCCCGCCCUGGAAGAAAGGGUGGCACAGGAGGCCCUGGAAGCCCUGCAGCUGGAGAAGCGGCUCAGCCUCCUCUCUCACUCCGGCCGGCCGGGCAGUGGAGGGGACGACCGCAGCAUGUCCAGCUCGUCGUCAGAGGCCAGUCACUCGGACGUCAGCGCCAGCAGCCGGCUCACGCCGUGGCCAGAGCCGUCCUCGUCUUCGGCCAGCACAUCGCAGGAGGGCCCUGGGCUGGCCGCCGCCCAGGCCCCUGGGGAAGCCACGCCGGGCACCGCCAGGCCCGCGCCGAAGCCGCUGCGGCCACGGCAGCUGCAGGAGGUCGGCCGCCAGAGCUCCUCGGACAGCGGCAUCGCCACGGGCAGCCACUCCUCCUACUCGGGCAGCUUCUCGUCAUGCGCGGGCAGCAGCCUGGACGUGUGGCGGGCCGGCGACGAGCUCGGCUCCCUGCUCAGCCUGCCGGCGGCUGGGGCCCCGGAGCCUGGUCUGUGCGCCUGCCCGCCCGGGGUGGCUGAGUACCAGGUGCCCGCCGCCCCGCGGCCGCACUACGACACGCCCCGCAGCCUGCGCCAGGCGCCCCGGGACCAGCCCCCUGUCUUGCUGAGCAGCCCCGAGGGGGGCACCGCCCGGGACUCGGGGUGUACCGCUGGCUGGCCUGGUGAGAGACGGCGGGGACCGGCGCCAGAGGCGGCGGCAGGGGCCGGCGAGUCCUGGGAAGCGGGCGCCCCCCACGCCGGGCCCCCUCCCGCGCUCUUUUCCACGUGUCCCAUCUGCGGAGGACUGAAGGCAGCUGCUGCCGCUCCCCCCAGGUUCCUGGCAAUGCAUGCAGGAGCGCGGGGUCCUGGGAGGCCGCGUGGGGAGACGCCCACCUACGUGAAUGUGCCCACCAGCCCCUGCCCUGCCAAGCGGCUGCACUACCUGGGCCUGCAGCUGCCGGAGGCGGGCGCGGGUGUGCGAGGGGCCGGCGCCUCCCGCUACGCGCUGAUUGACGUCGCAGCCACCGAGGCGGCGCACAGGGCGGGGGCCCAGCACGCGCAGGCCCGGGAGGAGCGGCUGCCCGCGCCAGAGCAGAGGCCGAAGGCGGCCCCGCGGUGAGGCGGCCGGACCACGGCGACGCGCCUGGACGGCGGAGGAGCGGCCCCGCGCCAUCACGGCAGUCGGGCUCGGAACCGAGGGCCGGCGGGAGGUGCCGCCUGGACAGGUGUCCGCAGCAGCUGCGGUGGACCCGAGGCAGCGUCUGGCCAGCAGUUUCCGGCCCUGGGAUGUGACCUGCCAGCAACCUUCCCUGGAGGCAGCGGCCCAGUGAUGAGGACCCUCGUCUUCAACCCCGACGCGGGUUGGGGGCGUCCAUCUGCAGGGCUCCACCUCCCGACCCGUCAGCACUGCCUUGCGCCUGGAGGGCGUGGCCCUUGGGCCCUUCAGCGACUGUCGGCCUCCUGGGACCCACUGAGUUAGUCCUGUAAACGGUUUAGAUCUUUAAAAUCUCUUAUGUUCCAUUGGCAACAUGGUCAGUUAUUUCCUGAGCGCUUGGGCUCCUGCUGUGUCCCUCUGGGGGCACAGGACGGACCCCUGGCCGGUGGGCGGGGGUUGACGGGCAUGUCCAUGACUCAGUGGGCAGGAGGGGUGGUCCUGGCUCCCCUGGCCAGUAGGGGUGGUCUGGGUGCUGGAAAGUUCCUGGAGUUGGUGGUGGGCUUUUUGUCCUCCUUGCUGGGCCGGACCCACCCACCCUGGUCUCAGAGAUAAGAUAGGGCUCUUCUGCCUGGUGGGGGCUCCAACCACCCACCCCACCAGCCCCUGCAGACCCAUGCCUACUGCCUCCUGCAUGAUCCCACCCAGUCCCCAGCAAGCCUCGCUUAGUCUGACCAUGGGAAGCCUGUGGGAUACCCGCCACGUCCUCUGCCUCUUGGGGGAGGGUCCCUCAGGUUGAUGUGGCCAGGGUUGAUGUAUCUCCCCUCCCCCACCAAGCCUGAGCCAGCAGACGCCCCCAGUGAGAUGCAAAGGCCCCGGGGCCGCUCCACACGCAGGUCAGAGUCUCACAGACCAUGGACAGCACUCCAAGGGGAGCAAGCUUCUGUCUUUGCACGUGGGGGCAAAGUGUGGCCAGAGCACCCCAGUCUGGGGCUCCUGCUGUGUUGGGGCCCCUCAGCUGGGGGUUUGGGGUCUGGGCAGGCCACAUGCUGCAGCAUGGGGACAGGUGGUCGGGGUCCCAGGUGUUACCCGUGGCCUCGGGUGGCUGGCGUCUGGGUUCUCCUGUUGCUGGAAUAAGAGGAGCCCACCAUGUCUUCGUGAUGCUGACCCAGGAUGUGGGGGCACCCAGGAAGGGCCACUGCACCCCCUUGGCCCUCUGCCCCACGGGUGGCCGGGGGUCUCGUGGGCAGCACCUGCCUGGAGGCACGUGGCCAUGGGAAGCUGAGCAGUUCCCUACGGGGGUUUUCCAGGCCUGGCCAAGGGCACCUUGGAGGGGCAGUUGAGGAGCCAGGAAUCAGAAUACCAGGGGCAGGCAGGGGUUUGUCCUGACACGUGACAGCCACCCUCUGGCCAGCGAGGCUCUGGGGCGCGGGGGCCAAGCCACACGGAGCCAAGUGAGAACCAAACAAAUGCCUGCCCUUCCUGCAGAGCCGUGAAGGGUGGCUGGUGGUGGCUAAGUCCGUUGGGGUAACCUUGGCAAAACUGUUGCAGCCACCAGGGUUGAGGCACGCAGGCCACUGUGGCUGUGAAAGGUCUUGGGAGCCCUGGACCCGAAUGAGGCCUGAGAAGGGCGCCUUGACUUUGCCAUCAGGAGCACCGGCCUGGCUCCCGUGGGCAGCCCGUCACUGCCCGCCCCACUCCUGUCCUGUCGCGCCCCCAGCCCUCAGGGAGACCCCGCAGGGUGCUGGACACAGAGCUGGCGGAGGGGUGCCAUGCAGCCUGGGGGCCUCCUGGGAAGGGUUUAGCACCCUAAUUCUGGAAUAUCAGUGUCAGACCGGAAGGCUUAAUUUUUUUUAUUGAGGUAUAAUUGACAAAUUAUAUUAGUUUUAGAGGUACAGCAUUGCAGUUCUGUGUUUGCAUAUAUUGUGAGAUGAGCACCACAGUAAGUCUAGUUAACGUCCGUCACCGCACACUUUCAGGGUUUUUUUUUUCUUGUGACGAGAACUCUGAAGACGGCUCUCCACCGUCAUACACAGCACAGCAUCGCUGCCUGGAGCCGCGUGCUGGGCGCUGCCCCCGUAGCCUCAUCGCUGCCUGGAGCUGCGUGCUGGGCACUGCCCCCAUGGCCUCAUCGCUGCCUAGAGCCGUGUGCUGGGCGCUGCCCCCGUGUCCUGGUUUGUAACCUGGAGUCUGUGCCUUUUGACUCCCUCUGCGGCAUCGUCCACUCCAGUCCUCCAUCUCUGGCAACCAUGUUCAUCUGUUCCACCCGUUCAGUUUUUUCUUUUCAGGUUGAGCAUGUACGUGAGGCCAUACAUCUGGCUUUCUCUCUGUCCUACUGCCCUCUUAGGUAAUCCAAGUCACACGGCAGGGUUUCAUUUCUUAAUGGCCGAGUAAUAUUCCACUUAGGAAUAAGCUUCCCUGGUGGCUCUGGUGAAGAAUCCACCUGCAAUGCACGAGACCUGGGUUCGAUCCCUGGGUUGAGAAGAUCCCCUGGAAAAGGAAAAGGCAACCCACUCCAGUGUUGUGGCCUGGAGAAUCGCCUGGACUGCAUGGUUGCAAAGAGCCGGACAUGACUGAGCGACUUUCACUUUGGAGGCUGCACCCACUUACGGCAGUGCAUAAGGGCCGUCUUUUUCCACAUCCUUGCCGACCUUUGGUAUCUGUUGUCUUUUAUAUAAUUUUACUUUUAAGUUUUCGGCUGCGCUGGGUCCUCCCUGCUGCAGGGACUUCUCUCUGGGGGGGCCACCGUCUACUUGUGGCGCCUGGAGCUCUCACUGCUGCGGCUUCUCGUUGCUCAGCAUGUCUCCUGGGAGCACAGGUUUCCGUAGUCGCGGCUGGGGGCUCAGGAGUUGUGGCUGUCGGGCUUAGUUGCUCCGUGGCAUGUGGGAUCUUCCCAGACCAGGGAUGGAACCUCUGUCUCCUGCACUGGCAGGCGGAUUCUUUGGCCCUGAGCUGCCAGGGAAACUCUGUCGUCUUUCUAGUAAUAGUGUCUGUGAUGUGUGCCAGGUGAUGUCUCGCUGUGGUCUUGGUUUGCAUUUCCCUAAUGAAACGGUGUCAGACUUUAUUUUUCUGGGCUCCAAAAGCACUGCAGAUGGUGACUGCAGCCAGGAAAUUAAAAGACGCUUACUCCUUGGAAGGAAAGUUAUGACCA